AUGGCCAACAACAACAUCGCAAGGUCCAGGUCUGACCCCAAAAAUGUCGAAUGUAGAGACUGCGCCCGAUUGCUCGCGACAAUCGCGCCGACAGGGCUCGUUCCGGUCGACUCACAGGCUCAGGCGUGCGACACGUGUCGAGAUUUCAGCGCGUUUUAUGAGACUUUGGAAAUUGCACGUGGAGAAUUUGAGAUACUGAGAAGUAAAAGACAGGAUCAUAGGGGUCGCCAAAUGGCACGAGAAGCGGCGAGCAGGGCAAGAAUCACGUUCGAGAACUUCCUGAUGCGAGUCGAGGCUGGCAUAAUUCGGAAGAAUAGGGAGGAUGAAGAAAAAGGCGAGCUGGAAAACAACCAGGGCCUGAAGCGCUGUCACAGCAACGAUUUCCUCCCGACACGUAAGCGCCUCCAAUUCUCAGGUUUGAUCGAGGACCGAGAUGAUUACAGGAAUUACCUGGAAUUUAAUCGGCAUGAGGAUACCUACGUACCAGGCCGGUACGCCCCACCUGGCGGAACGGAAUACCUGGACACAAGCGGGCAUUCGCAGACGCUGUCAAAAUUCUCUCGCACAAAGAAAGUUGGGAGUCAAUGGAUUGAGCUCAAGGAAGAAGAUGAUGAGAAGAACAAGGGCUUGACAAAUGACGAGACGAAAGACAAAGCCAGCACGAAGGCUGAAAGCCCAACUACUACUAUGGAGGAGGGGAUGAGAGAGGUUGCAGAGCCUGAGCCUGAUGAACGAGCUCUGAGAUUGGUGAGAAGA